AUGUCUUUAAACGCAGACUUCGAUGACUUAGAGGAAGGAGAGAUCGAAGACAACAACACCUAUGAUGUCAGGUUUGGCCACAAUUUGGCCGCAAAUGAGACCACAGUUGCCAACGACAGACAUCUGAAGACGUAUUCACCGAUAUUUCAGUCGGUGUUAAAUGAGAGCCAAAACUCUUUGUUUGGUUUAAGUGAUAUCGACCUCAGGUUUGACCGAAACUCCAAUUCAUUCAAUGAUUGUGACGAUAGACUCGUUGGUGGCAACGCUUCCAUGCCUCCAACCAAUGCUUUGCUUCCGACACCACUCAUGCCUUUAAGACAUUUACCAUCCAUUCAUUCGUUUCCACCACCGAUUGGACCACCGAUUGGACCACCGAUUCAGCGCUUCGAUGGCCUUCAUUAUCCUCAUCCGACACAACAGUCUCUUAGUCCUAAUCAAUGUCCGCCACAAUCAGUGCCAUUCAUAUCCGACAGUAUUCACGCGUCUGAACCCAAAAGUGUCACCUCUUUUGUGAUCCCAAACUCUGAUCACUCGACCAUUCCGUUCAUUUGCGACCCAAACGACACUCAAAUGCAAACCAUUACUUCAGAUGAAAGAACUGAGGAGUCAACGAUAGUCUUAGAGACGGCUAAUGACAUCGAAGAAGUAGAGAUGUCUGACCAGUCCAACCCUCCAGACCUGUCUCCAUAUGAUCCCGAAGAAGACAUCUCUAACUUAUGUCCACUUUCUCCCAAUCCCUUAGAGAAGCAAAGUGUCAAACAGAUGGAUAAUAAUGUGAAAUCACUUAAAACGAGUGAUAAGUGUCUGGAUUUUAACCCUAAGAGUAGUAAAAGGAGUGUAAGUGAAGAACAAACUGAAAGACUUAAACGUCUUUUAAAAAGUGAUACAUAUUUUAAAAGUGAUAAAAUGGACAAAAGAAGUGACAAUAGAGUGAACAGAGGGUCGAAGCAAUCGACUGCUCAGAGAAGCAAUAAAUCCAAAGAAUCUGUUUCUCCGGUUCGCAAGUCUUCGUCCAAACGUGUGAUUCACAGCAAAUUGUGUCACAAAAGUGGUCAUAAAAGUCGGCGAAAAGUGAAACGAAAUGCUAAGAGACAAGUGAUUACACAAUAUUCAGACCAGAGAUAUAGUAAUGUGAGACCAAAGUCGAGGAAUAAUAUGAAUGAGUCGUCGUAUGAGGACUUACUCGAAGAAUACGAGCGAUUGAAAGAACAGCUGAAGGAAUUGGAAGACUACGAGAAACCCGACGAUAAGGUUAUGACAGUUAUUGAUAGAGAAGAACAGGAGAACAUUGAAAAGCUUGUCAAAUGUGAUGACAUGUUUGGAUUGGAUACUGAAGUGAAAGAGAAUCGCGAAGAGAAUGAUGAAGAAGUAGAAGAUGACGACGAGCUUGAGUUGAGACGUUUGGCUCUCGCGUCCAAAAAGAAGAAGCAAAUCGAAGAACAAGAGAACGAAGAGCUCAGACUUCGACAACAACUCCUUCAGUCGCUGUUCAGAUCGAAAGCAAAGGCAGAACAAGAGGUGAACCGAAAGAAUAAUAAAGACGAAGAAGUGAAUGAAUUGAUUGCAGAGAAUGUCAUGAUUUCAAGCGAACACAACUCCAACACAGAAUCCAUUCCUGAAACCCGUAUUGAAACGCAAACUUUGGUUAAUAUGAGUUCGGAAACUGAAAACAUGACAAAACCCACGGAACAGUUGCCUCUCAAACCAAUUCCUAAACUUAUUAUCAAUUUUGGAGACGAUUCCACUGAUGAGGAACUGGACGUCCGCGACAACACCUCUAAUGUGCCGAAAGGAUUGGACUUUUUCCUACGACAGGCGCGCCUCAGAUCAGAACCAAACAAAAAGUCUGUCCAAUCACUGCCUGUGCUGUCGAUUACAAGACAGAGAGAACUCCAGGAAUUAAAGGCUGAAAUCCUGCGAAGAGAACAAAACCAAAUCAAUGAUAAAAAACUUAAAGAAAACGAGUCUUUAUUGAAAUCAUCGAACGAGAGAUUAGUUGAAAGGAUUUCAAAGAGAAAUUUACUCAAAAAUCGAGUGAUAUUAAAGAGGAAUGCCUUACGAAAGGCACAGAUACAGGCGCGCAAAAUGCAAGAGGCCUUCAUCGCGGCCACGCGUGUCGUUUCGACCACCGCUUCAGAGUUUCAUUCGUUUAAUGAUGAGCUCAAGAAUAUUGAAAAAGAUGUCAAACAAGAGGUUCAGAAUAUCACUAACUAUAAGAAAGAAUGUUUUCGAAUGGGAACCAAAUUGAAAGGAAACGCAUAUAAGUUGCCUACCGGUGCCUCCUUUAAGCGAUCUAAUAGUUUAAGCUCUUCUGUAAGUCCUAACAAAAAAGAGUCCAAAUUAGAAGCGAAUAGUCCCUCGAAGGAGGAUAUGGCCGACCAUAAGAAACGCUUACAACAGGAACUGAUGCAGAAGUUAGAGAAUUGUUCCAAACUAUUGAAUCUGAAAAAAGCCAAUCUUUUGAGGCCUUCGUCGCCGAACCCUUUUGUCCUGAAAGCCGUUCAAAGUCCUGAACCAAAUAACGACAAAAAUGAAUCACAAAAAAUUCUGCAAACACUCGUUAAAGACUUACUCAAAGUGUAUUCAAUUGACUCUUUGAUGUCUUACGAGUGUUUUCUGGAGAAUAUGUUUUCCUACAAAUGUCACAACAAUUUUCAUGUAAAUAUUCCUGAAAUGGAUUCUCAGCUAUCAGUCGAUUACAAAGCAAAUAGUUGUGACAAUUCUUAUGACAGCGUUCUCUCGCAUUUACAUUCCUAUCGUCUCAUUGAGAAUCAGCCAAAAAAGAUCAGUUCUGAUCACUGGACCAAUAAUUUGAAUCCAUUGCAAGAGAUCUGCAAAUUUGAUUUGUUGGGCUCUUGUAAUGACGAGAAGUGUUUGGGACAACACAUCGAUAAAAGUCUAUUGAAUGGCACCAAUAAAAUGGUUGAUCUGUUGUUAUAUGAGCCAAAGUUAGCCGGAAUUACAUCAGAAAUUCCUGAACGAAUUGAUGGCGAGUUGUUUGAAGCAAUAAAACAAAAAUUGCAUCAAUUCUCACAAAAACUCGUUGAUUCCAAUCCGAAGCUGUCAUUAGAGACUCACUGCAGAAGAAUUGCCGAACAGAUUAGAAAACUAUCGAAACCAUCAGUUGUAUGUCUGUUGACGCGAAGAAUUCCCAAAGUGUUCAAUACAUCUAAAAUAGACAUACCUUUUGAUGAUCUCAAGUAUCGGUUUAAUAUUAAGGACAAGACAUUAGUUAUAAAUCAAACGAAAAUAUCUGAAUUGAAAUUAUCUGCCGAUCCGGACAUUUACAUAAAGAAUCGUUUCUUUGCACCGGAAGGGGUGCCCAUUAGUGCACAACUCGAGACUACUCUGGCCACAGAUCCGCAUAAUAUCCAGUUGUGGAUAAAACUGGCGUAUUAUCACAUCAGCCGCUGCUCUGACAACAACUCUUCCGACUCUAUCGAUAGUGCUCUCAAUGUUUUGUCGCGCGCUUUGGAGAACAACUCAACCGAACCGGAACUCUAUGAACACUAUCUCUUCAUUUACUCGAAUCGAGUCGUCAGGAAAGGCGAGGACUCGAAGUUUAACUUAAAGACCAUUUGCACGAAAGCAGUCCAACACUGCCCUCACUAUAGGAUUCCAGUCAUGACCACAAGAAUCAGAAUAUAA